AUGGACUCCAAACCCAUUGACGUCGGAAGACAAAGCUAUGAAGACGCCCGUGAUAUGGUCGCUCUAGGCCACACCGAGGAAUUGACCAGAAAGUUCUCGCCAUGGAGUAUGUUCGCUCUUUGCUUCUCGAUUCUUGGAACUUGGGGUACAUUUGCUCAAGACCUGUCAUCGGGCUUGACCAACGGCGGAGCAAUUACCAUUCUAUGGGGCCUUGUUCUGGUUUUCAUAUGCAAUCUAUGCGUUGCUCUUUCACUUGGAGAGCUAUGCAGUGCUAUGCCUACUGCCCUGGGACAGGCCUUCUGGAUGCACUCGCUCUGGCACACACCUACAGGCAGAUUUGCUAGCUAUAUUUGUGCCUGGGUCAACGUCUUCGGAUGGUGGACACUCAAUGCUUCGCUUGUGGCAUUUGCAACCAACUUCUUACUCGGCAUCAAGCUCAUGUACGAUCCAGAAUGGGCUGGAGCAGGGACAGGCUGGGUCGAGUUCCUGGUCUACUUCGGCAUUGCAAGCUUGUUUACAGGUUUCAAUCUUGUCGCCUGCCGAAACGAUAAGAUUCUACCUUGGUUCAACAACAUCGUUGGCAUCCAGUUUGGAGCACUUUUCAUCAUCUUCAGUCUCGUUCUUCUGAUCUGCGUUGGUACGAAACAAGGACUUGAGUUCCAGCCACCUUCAUUCGCGUUCGGUGCCUGGAUCAAUGAGACUGGAUGGCCAUCAGGCGUGGUUUGGUUCACCGGACUUGUCCAGGCAGCUUAUGGACUUACAGCUUUUGACUCGGUCGUCCACAUGAUCGAAGAACUCCCUAACCCGAAAGUCAACGCUCCUCGCGCCAUCUACCUCUCCGUCGUCAUCGGCGCCGUGACUGGAUUCAUCUUCAUGGUCGUGUGUCUCUUCUGCAUCCAGGACGUCGAUACAGUCAUCAAUACACCCACCGGCCUUCCGUUCAUGCAGCUCGUGCAAGACGCCGUUGGUAUCAAAGGCACCGUCGUCUUGAUGGUGCUCUUCACCAUGAACAGCUUGGGUCAAGGAAUUUCCAUCACCACAACCGGCUCCCGCUUGACAUGGAGCUUCGCUCGUGACAACGGUCUGCCCUUCUCCAAGUACAUCAAGCGCGUCAACAAAAAGUGGAAGGUUCCUCCUCAAGCCCUGCUGGUCCAGGGUUUCCUCAUCACUCUUGUUGGUCUGCUGUACCUAUUUGCAAACACUGUUCUCGAGGCCAUCCUCAGUGUCGCCACGAUUGCGCUCACCGUUUCUUACGCCAUGCCCAUCUUGACACUGCUGAUUGUGGGUCGCGACAAAUUGCCUGCCGGCGGUCAAUUUGGUCUCGGAAGAUACGGAGCAGUCAUCAACUGGAUAAGUGUGAUCUAUUGUGCUGUCACCACCGUCAUCUUCUUCUUCCCAGGCGGACCCAAUCCAUCCGGUGCAGACAUGAACUACGCUAUUGCUGUCUUUGGUGUGAUGCUGGUCGUCGCCAUUGGGUUCUGGUUCAUCCAGGGUCGCAAGCAAUAUCUACGAGUAGAUGAUUCUGAGCAAGUCGUUUUGGAAGCAAUCCACUUGGAAGACAGCUAUACUGAAGUUCCUGGGCCGUCACAUGGUGGUGGAAAGAGCCUGAAGUAA